GGAAACAUAAACGUUCAACUCUAAAACUCUUAACGUAUUGAUGAAAACCCAACAGGCAAAAUAGGAGUCGGCGUGCCUUAACAAUUGAUUCACAAAACAUGACAAUCGAUUAUUGGGUCACGCAGAACUCCUUGGUUAAACCUGCAAGCGUGAUAAUCGAUUAUCACAAAGGUCAUAAUCGACUAUUAGGCCCUGCAGGAUCAUGGCAUACUUUGCAUACCGCGACAAGAGGUCAGGCCCAGUGCGCCUCUUCCGCGGGCCCAUUCUGGAGCCUACGGGUCCAGCGGGUUCACAUAUCGAGGGCUUGUCUUUUGCUGAGCGUAUAGCGUUGUUUCAUUUUGCUAUACGCAGGAAAUCUCCUUUCAGAAAGGAGAUGAGUCAGGCUACUGAGCAUGGACAAGUUGGUCCUCAGGGAGAACAGGAGCACGUGAGCGUGCAUACCGAGGCGUCUAGCUUCACCCCGCAGCAGGAGGUUCCGGAGCCGCAGGUUCCGCAACCAAAUGCUGUACCUCUGGCGGUUCCUUUCUUGCAGCCGCAAAUGGCAGCCAACAUGCUCCAGUUUCUCCAGCAAAUGGCCGGGGCGUACGUACCACCACCACCGGAGGCGGCACCACCGCCGCCGCCGCCUCCGGUGGUUGUGGUCACUAUAGAGAAGCUGAAGAAGAACGGAGCCGAGGAGUUCCGUGGCGACCAGAUCGCAGAACCUAUGAUCGCGAAGCGCUGGCUUGAGCGCGUAAGUCGAGUACUUGGAACCAUGCGGGUUCCGACAGAGCAGAGGGGCGACCUAGCCAUCGACUUGCUUCAGGAUGCUGCAUAUGACUGGUGGAAGCGCGUGAGGGCGAACGUCCCGGAGCCGGUGCCAUGGGCGACUUUUGAUGAGCUGUUCCGUGAGGAGUAUGUGCCGGAGCACUUUAUGGAGGAGAAAUGCGAUGAGUUCAUGAAGUUCACUCAGGGUGAACUUACGCUGCCAGAGUACCGCCAGAAGUUCGAUGAGCUGGCCGAGUUUGGCCGAGACAUGGUGCCGAUGAUGGAGAAGCGAUGCAAGCGCUUUAGAGAGGGGUUACGCCCAGAUUUGUCCUCCGGGCUGGUCUCUACGCCUAGGAAUGACAUCAACGAUCUCUAUAAGCAGGCGUUAGAGAUGCAGGCGGCCUUAUUCAAGAAGGCUGAGUAUGAGCAGGCCCAGAAGAUGCAUCCUCGUCCGCCACCGUCACCCAAGCCCAGCUCAAGUAGUAAGAGGCCUCCUCCCGUGCCGAGCAGCUCGCACACGAGCAAAAAGGCGAAGUUUGCACCAGCCCUGGAUUGCCCGAUGAACCCUGGUGAGCCGUUCCCGACAGCGACUCCAGCCGCAGCUUCAGCUGCAGCAGCUCAGCCCGCUUCGAGCCAGAAGUCGGUAGCGGCAUCUAGUCAACCGAAGAGGCCGGCGCAGAGCGCACAGUCCGGGAAGGCUCCAGCCCGUUCUACAUUGUCAUAUUUAUGUACGUUUAUGCCUCCCGUGUCGAACAUCUCGAGAGAGAACCUGGAGAAUCCGGUCGUUGUGUCCAACCCGCUGGGACACAGUCUACGUCUCAACCAUAUUUACUUCAACUGCCCAUUAGGGGUGCAAGGGAAGAGUUUCCCUGCAAAUUUGAUCGAGCUUCCACAUCGGGAAUUUGACGUUAUUCUGGGUAUGGAUUGGCUCGCGACCAACCAAGCUGUGGUUGACUGUGGUGCACACACUGUACGGCUGAAAGCCGAAGACGGUAGCGAAGUACUAGUUCACGAUACCGUUACUCUCGACGAGAACCUUACCUAUGAAGAAGAGCCGGUUGAGAUUCUGGCUCGCGAGACCCGCCAGCUGAGGAACAAGACCAUUCCGUUGGUCAAGGUUCUGUGGAGAAGUCACACCGUUGAGGAGGCGACAUGGGAAACCGAGGAAUCCAUGCGCACUCGUUAUCCACAUCUUUUCAGUGACCAGUGAUCAGUUGGCUACUUUUGAGUGCGUGUUAGGAGUCUAAUUUUAUACAUUAGUAGUGAUUAUUAAUGUGUAAAAGAAGAUAAAAGCCCCAAGUUAAGAUAAGAGUGUGUCAUAUCUCUUAACACCAACUUGGUUUAUCCCUU